UUGCUGAAAAAGAAUUACGCCGACCGAAGGACACGUUGAACUGCCACAUCUCUACCGUCUACCUUUCCUGCGUCGACUUUUUAUCCAGAGAUAUCCAGACCAACGCAAGAGAAAGAAACGCGGAAAGAAAAACAUAUGUUUGGGCUGAAAAGAGUCGUGUGGACCCUGAGUUGACCGAAACUUCUUUCAUUCACCCCGAUUGAUGGGAAUAUCUUCAUUUUUUAAAACAUUUUUACAGCAUAUUAUUGCUGCAUAAUAGGGGUUAGUUUGCAUAUGCUACUUGUGUGUGCAGAACAGUAAACUGUUUGAUCUGAGUUUGUGUGCAUAGCGCUGAAUACCUCGUCUGACGAGGGCAUACACAGAUUAGACUACCAGUCGAGGAGCUUGAGUCUACAAACGGCCCCCGUGAGAGGGAAAUGUAAUAAGAGAAGUUAUUCUCAUUUGAAGGCAUACGGCUGGCUGGCUCUCCCGUUUCUGAACUGAUCUGACGUUACUGCCCGGUCUGUACCGCUUUUUUGUCUCUACCGAUUCACUGCCUGCCUCUUCCGCGAAUCUCUUCCCCGGCCUACAUCCUCCCUGUCUCUCCACCCGUCCCCCGGUGAGUAUCCCGGUAACAAGCCAUGUCUGGAGGGAGUGUUGCCAUCCCGGAUGACCAGGCGUUUGCCAGCUUCAAGGCGGAGUGUCUAUGUGAAGAGGGCUGGAAUGUGACGUACAACAAGUCCGGCACAACGGUGUGGAUCCAGAGUUUGGAUGAAGAAAGGUCCCUCCACAAGAUCAAGUGUCGGAUGGUGUGCAACGAUGUGUCCGCCGAGACCAUGUACGACGUCCUCCACGAUACCGAGUACCGACGCAAGUGGGACUCUAGUGUCAUCGAGACCUUCGACAUCGGAAGACUCACCGUCAACACUGAUGUUGGAUACUACUCAUGGAAAUGUCCCAAGCCUCUUCGCAACCGUGACGUUGUCACACUUCGCUCCUGGCUGCCGAUCGGAAAAGAUUACAUUAUCAUGAACUACUCAGUCAAGCAUUCGAAAUACCCUCCUAAGAAGGACAUGGUGCGAGCGAUUUCCGUUCAGACUGGUUACAUGAUUCAGCAUCAGGGACCCAAUCAUUGUGUCCUCACAUACCUAGCCCAGGUAGAUCCACGAGGUUCUCUCCCCAAAUGGGUUGUAAACAAGUCUUCCCUGUUCCUGGCUCCUAAAGCAAUGAAGAAGAUCAAUAAAGCAUGUCUCAAAUACUCAGAGUGGAAGCAGAGACACAACAAAGCCUAUAAGCCAUGGCUCUUCCCAGAACAGACUACAUUACCCAUCAUCCCACUCUGCGAGCUCAGCGUCCAACGUGCCGACAGCCUGGAGAACAUUGACGAGAGCUGCCUGGCUGAAACCGGGGAGAGGGAGAGGGACAGCGAUUAGCAUUAGCAUCGCACACACACAUACACACACACACACACACACACACACACACACACACACACACACACACACACACACACACACAAACACACACACACACCCAAAUGCACACUUACAUAUUGGCUUCUAUAGAGGUGUAUGGCAUACUACACGCACACACACGCACACACACACACACAUGAUGCCCGGAGGCAAACACAAUUGGGUGCACAGUACACAUUCAUACACGCAUUGAUUGAUGCAUCAUAGGAUUAGCUGAUGCCUGCUCAAACACACAGAGAUGUACACACUUUCAUGUUAAUACGUAUACACACCUUCAUGUGAACAGACACACUUAGAACAUUUGUUGAAUACAUUUGAAGUUAUAUAGCUAUUGAUUUUAUUUUAUAUUUUACUAAUCAAGCAGCCAUGAAUAGUUGAAUUGUCUUGAGCCCCAAAAUAAAUAUCCAGUCAUUAAUACAUUUUCAAUAUAUAAGGCAGAUGACACAGACGUUGCUCAUCUCCUCCCAAGUUCAGUGCAAUGCACACCUCAUCACAUCAGUUUCCAAUCAGAACUAAGUGUAAUACCAAACGUGUUGGGAUGUUACCACACAAUGGUUACCAUUACCACUGAGCUUGCUAGCAAAGUGAGACGUGGGAAUUGCAGUGACCAAUUAUGCUUUAUAAUUCUAAUUCAUAUGGAUGAGUUUCUCAUUGCAGCUCCCCAUGCCAACACACACACACACACACACACACACACACACACACACACACACACACACACACACACACACACACACACACACACACACACACACACACACACACACACACUGUACACAUACAGUAGACAAAUAUAAAAUAGACAAGGAGUCUCCUUCUGUCUUUCUUAACGCAUUAGGUCUAGUUUCCCUGUUUUUUCUUUUGUUUUUCCAGAACACACAUUCAUGAGCUCACACAGUGUGUAUUUUAUCCCAGAGAUGUAUGAAUGUAUGUAGAGUUUGAAAUGUAAACACAGAUUCCUAACAAAGAUUUUAAAAUUCUUUCA